CCGGGGCUUACCGGGACUUACCGGGGCUUACGGGCACCGGGACUUGCUGGGGUUUACCGGGGCACCGGGACUUACAGACACUGGAGCGAGGCACCGAGGCUUGCCAGCACCAGGAGUUACCGGCACCGCGGGAGCCGGAGUUUACCACAGCUUACCGGAGCUUACCGGGACCCGGGGUUUAACGGCACUGGGGCUUACCAGGGUUUACCGGCACCAGGACUUAUCGGCACCGAGAGCGAGGCACCGGCACCGGGACACAGGAGCUUCCUGGGCCUGGGACCCGGGCACCCGGACUUACUGGCACCGGGGCUUAGCAGGACCAGGGCCUGCCGGCACCAGGAACGGGGCACCGGCAUCGGGGCUUACCAGCACCGGGGCUUACUGACCUCCCCGCGCUGCUGACGCCCUCCGCCGAAGCCCAGAUGGUGCAGUCGCUGGGCUUCGCCGUGUACCGGGCACUGGACUGGGGGCUGGAUGAGAACGAGGAGCGGGAGCUGAGUCCACGCCUGGAGCAGCUCAUUGACCUGAUGACCAACAGCGACUCAGAGGACAGCGGCUGUGCCACAGCUGACGAGGGCUAUGGGGGGCAGGAGGAGGAGGAGGAAGGGGGCGAGGGACCGCCACGCACUGUGCGCACCUUCGGGCAGGCCAUGCGGUGCUGUGCUGCCCGCUUGGCCGACCCCGCCGGCGCCCCGGCGCACUACCAGGCUGUGUGCCGCGCGCUCUUUGCUGAGACUGUGGAGCUCAUGGCCUUCCUCGCCAAGAUCCGUGAUGCCAAGGAGCUGCUGCAGAAGCUGAAGGAGGAUGAGGAAGAGGAGGAGCGGCCGGCGGCGGAGCUGGGCAGCCUGCGCAACACCGACUGGGCCCGGCUGUGGGUACAGCUGAUGCGAGAGCUGCGGCAUGGUGUGAAGCUGAAGAAGGUGCAGGAGAAGCAGUUCAACCCGCUGCCCACUGAGUACCAGCUCACGCCCUUCGAGAUGCUCAUGCAGGACAUCCGUGCCCGCAACUACAAACUCCGCAAGGUCAUGGUGGAUGGAGACAUCCCUCCACGGGUGAAGAAGGAUGCCCACGAGCUCAUCCUCGACUUCAUCCGCUCCCGGCCCCCUCUGAAGCAGGCAUCAGAGCGACGGCUGCGGCCCCUGCCCCAAAAGCAGAGGACGCUCCAUGAGAAGAUCCUGGAGGAGAUCAGGCAGGAGCGGAAGCUCCGGCCUGUGGAGCAGAAAGGGUACAGCUCCCUGCCCUGCAUCCCACAUGCCUGUGCUGGCCGCCUGGCCUCCAACUCCUGCCUCGAGCUCUCUCGGUGCCCGGCCAGUGCCAUGCCCACACGCCCACGGCCACGCGUCCUCCUCAAGGCACCCACCCUGGCCGAGAUGGAGGAGAUGAACCUCUCAGAGGAUGAGGACUCUCCAGGCACAGAGGUGCCGCUGAAGCGGGAUCGCUCCUUCUCAGAGCAGGACCUGGCACAGCUGCAGAGCCAGCUGGGGGGUGACCAGGCUGCACCCCAGGACCUGGAGCCACUGCAGCCCGAGUCCCGGCCCCGCUCAGGCUCUGUCCCUGCCAGCUGUCACCAGCUGCCAGAUGGGCCAGCACCGCCCCGGGCUGCCCUCGGCGCCGUGGAGGAGAGACCGGAGGACGGAUCCAGCGCUGCCCCCACCACCAGCUCCAAGCACCUCUGGCUGGAGUUCAGCCACCCCGUGGAGAGCCUGGCCCUGACCGUGGAGGAGAUGAUCAAUGUCCGCAGGGUGCUGGUCAAGGCUGAGAUGGAGAAGUUCCUGCAGAGCAAGGAGCUGUACAGCAGCCUGCGGAGAGGGAAGGUUUGCUGCUGCUGCAGGGCCAAGUUCCCCCUCUUCUCCUGGCCCGCAGCCUGUCUCUUCUGCAAGCGGUCUGUCUGUAGCUCCUGCAGCCUGAAGAUGAAGAUGCCUUCCAAGAAGCUGGCUCACAUUCCCGUCUACGCGCUGGGCUUCGAGAGCCUCCCGGGCUCGCUGCUGCCCAAGGCGCUGCCGCUGCGCCGGAGGGAGCCCUUCCAUUCGCUGUCGGGGCCGUGCUGGCGCCGGGUGGAGGAGGAAUUCCCGCACAUCUACGCCCAGGGCUCGGUGCUGCGGGACGUGUGCCCCGACUGUGCCGGGUUCGUGAAGGACGUGGUGAGCUCCAGCCGGCGCAGCGUGGCCGUGCUCAACGCCAGCGCCGCGCCCCGGCGCCACGCCAAGGCCCGCUCCCUCUACAGCGACGCCUGGCUCCAGUGAGGGGCCCGACGCCCCAGUGAUGGGCACCACCGGGGUGCCCCCCCGCUGUACAUAUAUACAUAGGAUGGAUACACACAGCCUCUAUAUUUAUAUACGUUAUGGACCAGGGACAAAAGGACCCGUUCCUGCCAUCCCCUUCCAUCCCUGCCACCAGCCCCUGGGGGCACAAGUCCUGCCAUGGGGCACCAGCAGCUCCUGAGGGCAUGGAUCCCACCUUGGGGUACCCACAGACCCGAGGGGAUGGAUUCCACCGUCGCACAGCCCCUGAGGGGGUGGAUCCAGCUGUGGGGUACCCACAGCCUCCAGUGAAACGGAUCCAGCUGUGGGACACCUCCAGCGUCCGGGGGGAAGGAUCCCACCGUGGGGCAGCUCCUGGGAGAACAGGUCCUGCUGCAGAGCGCCCACAUCCCCGGAGGCGAUGGAUCCCACCAUGGACCACCGUUAGCCCCCAGAUGGAUGGAUCCCGCUGUGGGACACCCGCAGCCCCCCGGGGGCACAGAUCGCACCGUGGGGCAGCUCCUGGGGGAACGGAUCCCACGGUGGGGCACCUGCAGCCCCCUGUGUUGGCUUCCCCCAGCUCUGCUUCUGUGCCAAGCCCUGGCUGUGCCGGGGUGCCCGGUGCCCUGGGCUGGCACAGCUGCUCUGUAUGUCUCCUCUCCGAUAAUAAACCCGCUGGGCUAC